GCAGCCUUGGGUUUUUCCCAAGGUUUCCCAUUCAACCUUGAAUUAAAAUAAAAAAGAAUGGAUAAGCCUUUAGGCUCCUUUUACAUCCUCCUCCUUAUUUUCCCCAUCGUUGUUGCCACCAUCAACGAGGAACCUUCAUUCCCAGAAAACGCUCAUCUAACAAAUGACUUAGACCAAAAAUGCGUUGACAUCAUUAAAGUUGAUCCGAGUCUCAAAUUUGAAAACGACCGUUUAAAAAGAGCUUACAUUGCUCUUCAGGCCUGGAAGAAAGCUAUAUAUUCUGACCCGUUUAAAACCACAAAAAAUUGGGUCGGACCGGAUGUGUGUUCUUACAACGGAGUUUAUUGUGCGGAAGCUCUUGAUGAUCCCAGCCUCAAGGUUGUUGCUGGUGUUGAUUUGAACCAUGGGGAUAUUGCCGGACAUUUACCAGCAGAGCUAGGUCUUAUUACCGAUCUAGCUAUGUUUCACAUCAACUCAAACCGGUUUUGUGGGAUUAUCCCCAAAAGUUUAUCAAAACUCGCAUUGAUGUACGAAUUUGAUGUUAGCAACAAUCGGUUUGUUGGUCCGUUUCCGGAAGUUUCACUCUCGUGGCCGUCUUUGAAGUUCCUCGAUCUAAGGUACAACGAAUUCGAAGGAUGUUUGCCAUCAGAAAUAUUUGAUAAAAAUCUUGAUGCCAUUUUUUUGAACAAUAACCGAUUUGAAUCCGUUAUCCCCGACACGAUUGGAAAAUCGGCUGCCUCAGUUGUGACGUUUGCAAACAAUAAAUUCAGUGGCUGUAUACCAAGAUCGAUCGGUCAGAUGAAAAAUCUGAAUGAGGUUGUUUUCAGUGGAAACAAUUUAACUGGUUGUUUCCCGAACGAGAUCGGUUCUCUUAAUAAUGUGACAGUUUUUGAUGCGAGCAAUAACGGAUUUGUUGGUAGUUUACCAUUGACCUUGUCCAGUUUAUCAAGUGUUGAGCAGUUGGAUUUGUCCAAUAAUAAGUUAACCGGAUCUGUUGUCGACACAUUUUGCAAACUGCCUAAUUUGGAAAGCUUUAAGUUUUCGUUCAAUUAUUUCAAUGGAGACGCUGACAGUUGUGUUCCUGGGAAGAACAAUGGGAAACAAUUUGAUGACAGGAGUAAUUGCUUGAAGAACAGACCGAACCAGAAAUCUGUUAGUCAAUGUGUACCGGUGGUUAGUCAUCCUGUGGAUUGUAGCAAGGACAAAUGUUCUGGUGGUAGUCAAGGUGGAUCUCCACCAUCAAUAAAGACACCAGAAAUUAAUCCACCAAAACCAAAAGAACUGGUUAUACCUAGGCCUGAAGAAUCACCUAAACCGGAACCACAAAACCCAGCACCAACAACUAAUGUACAACCUAUACCUGAGCAUGAGACACCAAAACAUGAAUCUCCUAAAUCAGAAAAUCCUACAAACAAACCUGAAGUACCAAAACCUGAGGAGACACCUAAACCACAACCACCUAAAACUGAAGAAUCUCCUAAAACUGAACAACCAAAAAUUAAUUCACCAAAACAAAAAGAAACACUGAAACCUGAACCACCAAAAAAUUCAGAGACUCCUGAACAAGUUUCACCCCCGAAGGAAGAUCCGUAUAAUGCAUCUCCGGUUAAAAACCGUCGUCCACCACCACCACCCAAGGUAAAAGAAAUACAGGUACCACCACCUCAACCACCAAUGCCUUCUACGCCGCCACCUCAUGUUUAUUCUUCUCCUCCGCCUCCAGCACCUGUUAAUUCUCCAUCUCCACCAGUUGCCUCUCCUCCACCUCCAUCACCACCUCCCCCAGUUAACUCUCCUCCUCCACCACUCAUUUUCUCUCCACCACCACCAAUUCAUUCCCCACCGCCACCACCAGUUUAUUCUCCGCCUCCACCAAUUUUCUCACCACCACCACCACAUAUAAUAAUUCAACCACCAAUCCAAGCUCCAACACCCUUUCAAGCCCCAUCACUUAUUCAACCAACAAUUGAUGCUCAAUCACCAGAUCAAACCCAACCACAAGAACCAAGUCCAUCACCAUAUCAAUCACCAGUUCAAACCCCAACACCAGUUUCCGAACCGGCUCACGCUCCAACACCAAUCUCUAAGUUGGUUGAUUCCCCAAUACAAUCAAAUGAACCGGUCUCAUCACCAAAAGGAACAGAAGAAAAUGAUGCGCCAGAACCAUCACUCUCUACUCCCUCAUCGUCGCCUUCUCCAUACGAAAAUGUUGCCCAACCACCAGAAAACAACAACAGCGAUUUUACUCUACCACCACAUAUUGGAUUUGGAUAUGCGUCUCCUCCACCACCGAUGUUUCCUGGCUACUAAGAAAACUAUAUGUGGCAGAUUACCAAAAAAAUAGCAGUUUUAUCCAUUUUUGAAGCUAGUUUAAUUGUAACAAAAGAUUUUUGAAAAUAAAUCUAUCUUAUUAAAACAGAAGCACAAAGUUGGACCUAACUUAUUUCUAGGUAGAAAAUUUAAAAAUAACUAUACAAUAUAAUUAAGUCAACUAAAUCAAACUAUAUCAUAUAAUUAAGUCUAAUACAUUUACUAAUAAUAACAAAAAGCCUAACAUAUAGCCUAUUUAUAUGGUAAGACUAUAUAUCGUGAUUAUUAAUGAUAAGAUUUCCAAAACGAUUUUUAUGGUAAGUAGUUUCUGAGUAUCCACAAAAGCAAUAUUCAUGGCUAUAAUACUAGAUCUUCUGAAAAUUAAGAAAUAAUAAAAAUGAAAUCCAUAAUUUCAUGAAAACUAUAUAAUCUAAGUCGAUGUUCAAAAAAUAGGUAUUUGAUUUAAAACGAAACCCGUAAUUUCAAAUUUAUCAUUAGAUAUUAAAUAUUUAUUAAUAUUAAUACUUUUAAUUUAUUACAUAAUCUAACAUAGAGAUAUGACAUAAAAAUAUAAUAAGAUUUAAGUUAAUAAGUAUUUAAAUAUCUAAUGCUAAAUUUGAAAUUAACUUUAAAAAUUAAAAAUUAAAAAUUUAAAUCAAAUUGGAUGAUUCAUCGGUUCAACGGGUUCCUUUGUGGUUUAGCAUUUUUGCUGGUUUAUCGGGUUUUAAAAUAAUGAUAUUUCUUAAAACUCUAACUGUAUUACAUCUCGGAUCACCUGUUCAAUCGCAGAUUUAUGUCGGGUUUAAAAAUAUUGAUUUAAAUACAAAAAUAUUUAAAAUAGACAAAAAUCUUACAAAUUAAUAUCAUUAUUAAUAAUGUUGUUGAUAAAAAUUCAUCAUAAAAUAUCCCGCGGUUUCAAACCGCGGGUCAAAAUCUAGUGCUAGUUACAAUUGAGCAUUGCAUAUAUUGUUUGUUAGAUUGAUUACUUUGUAGUAGAAGAUAUUUGUGGAAUGUAACAUAAUAUUAUCCUUAAAAGUUUACAUUCCUUUUAAGUA